GACUCUCUACCAUUUUAUUCUCUCUCAUUUUUUUUCCCCUAAUUCUCCUUUCAUUCUUCGUUUUCUCUCACCCAUUCAAAUUCUACAUUUCGAUCGAUUUCACACCUUGAAAGAUUUCCAAUUCCAAUCAUGGUCGUCAGAUGAUAGGCUUUGCAAAUAUCUGUGUUCUAAGAUGGGUUCUUGAUUUGAUGGGUGUUAUUGAGCUUGGAAACUACUAGCUAUCCUAGAUUUUUGUUUGGUGAUUCAUUUGUUGGGGAAUGGUUCGUAUGGAGCACCUUCCGGUGGAGGUCAUAGGUAACAUACUGUCGCGGCUUAGAGCUGCCCGGGAUGUGGUGAUUGCAUCUGCGACGUGCAAGAAAUGGAGAGAGGCUUGGCGAAACCACCUCCACACUCUAUCUUUCAAUUCCAACGAUUGGCCUGUCUAUCAUGAUCUCACGACAAGUAGGUUGGAGAUUCUGAUAACCCAGACCAUAUUCCAAACGACUGGUUUGCAGUGUUUAUCGAUUUUUAUGGAUGAUGUUGAUGAGUUCUCAGCUGCCCCAGUGAUUGCUUGGCUCAUGUAUACUCGGGACACCUUGCGGCAAUUGCAUUAUAAUGUGCGGACAACACCAAAUGUUAAUAUCAUUGAGAAAUGUAGUCGUCAGAAGCUUGAAGUGUUGGCCUUGGCUCAUAAUUCUGUAACAGGUGUUGAACCAAGUUAUCAGAAGUUUCUGUGCUUGAAGUCACUUUCCUUGAGUUAUGUCUGCAUCUCAGCUUUGGAUUUGAGCCUUUUACUCACUGCAUGUCCAAGACUUACCAGUUUGUCUCUUAUUAAUCCUGAUAUAGCCAUGUCAGAUGCACAGGCAACAAUGGAACUUACCAGUGCCUCAUUGAAAGAUAUAUAUGUUGAAGCAGUCAGUUUAGAUAAGUUCAUAUUGGAGGCGGAUACCCUUGAGAAUCUGCACUUGAAAGAUUGUACAUUGGAGCUUUUUGAGCUUCUUGGUAAGGGGUCAUUGAAGGUUUUGAAGAUUGAUGAUGUUAGUGUGCUCCAUCUCGAUAUUGGUGAAAACACAGAGAAUCUUCAGAUUGUGGAUGUCAGCAGCUUCACAAUCAUGUGGCCAAAGUUCUAUAACAUGAUCUCUAAGUCAUCAAACUUAAAGAGGCUUCGACUAUGGGGUGUAGUGUUUGAUGAUGAGGAUGAGGUUGUGGAUUUGGAGAAUGUUUCUGUUUGCUUCCCACUGUUGAGCCACCUAUCCUUGAGUUAUGAUUUAAGAGAUGUUUGUGGCUUGCAGGGGACAUCUCGUUUGGAGAAUGUGGUUGUUUUAGAACUUGGAUGGACUAUAAUCAGUGAGCUCUUCUCUGAAUGGGUAGCAGGACUUAUAGAGAGAUGCCCUAAAUUGAGAAAGUUGGUCAUCUAUGGGGUUGUUUCAGAAGCCAAAUCCCAGGAAGAGUGCCAAACUUUGGCAAACUUCACCUCUGCCAUUGUCCGGCUGAUGAGAAAAUAUAUGCAUGUGGAGAUUCAGUUUGAAUAUGAAUAGAAGUCCUGGUCUUCCAUUUGGCUUUCUGGUUUUCGUUCAGCAUGAUCUGUACAACAAGGUACAUGGCACGUUAUGAUGAUUCAUCACUCUCAUAUUAAGGGUGCCUCCUAUUUACUAAAAUGCUGAGCAGAUGUAACCUUAAAGAUUGUUUAAAAAAUAGGCUUGUACGUGUUUCAGAAUAUUCAAAGGGGAUUUUCAAUGAUUGUUUUCUGCUAGUUUUUGUUUGUACUUGUUUCAGAAAUGGGAUUUUCAUAUUGGAGAUUGUUUUCUACUUUCUGUGCUUUGUUUUGAA